CCAAUGUUUGGGAUGGAUUGUAUACACCUGUGUCCAUGGAGGGGAUUGGAACACCUGAAUCACAUGAUAUGGAGGGGAUUGGAGCACCUGAAUCACAUGAUUGGCAGGGGAUUGGAACACCUGAAUCACAUGAUAUGGAGGGGAUUGGAGCACCUGAAUCACAUGAUAUGGAGGGGAUUGGAACACCUGAAUCACAUGAUUGGGAGGGGAUUGGAACACCUGAAUCACAUGAUUGGGAGGGGAUUGGAACACCUGAAUCACAUGAUAUGGAGGGGAUUGGAACACCUGAAUCACAUGAUUGGGAGGGGAUUGGAACACCUGAAUCACACGAUUGGGAGGGGAUUGGAACACCUGAAUCACAUGACUGGGAGGGGAUUGGAACACCUGAAUCACAUGAUAUGGAGGGGAUUGGAACACCUGAAUCACAUGAUUGGGAGGGGAUUGGAACACCUGAAUCACAUGACUGGGAGGGGAUUGGAACACCUGAAUCACAUGAUAUGGAGGGGA